AUGUCGCCCAUCGGUGUCGAGUCGCGGCAAACCCUAUCGCACGCCUACCGUAUGAUUGCGUUCGUAUGGAUCGGUUCGCUGAUAACGAUGUCGCCCAUCGGUGUCGUCAGUCGCUUGCAUUACAUGGAAAACACCGGUCGAGGCAAAUACAAGUGUCGCGAGUCGUGGCCAUCGGACAUGUGUUUCGAGGCGUUUACCCUAUUCCUGGACGUCGUCCUAUUGAUCGUGCCGUUGAUUAUCAUGUCGUUGACGUACACUAUGAUAGCCCUGACACUCAAGAAUAAUCUGAGAACUUAUUCGCAUGGAGUUAAUGUGGGUGCGGGUCUAUUGACCUAA